AUGGCGACCUUGAAGGGGCUUUUCCUUGGUGCUCUUCUCAGUGGCCUGGGCUAUGCGCAGACGAACGAGCCCGUUUCGGGAGAUUACUCCGGGGCGUUGAGGCCUCAGAUCCAUUUUUCGCCGCCGACGGACUUCAUGAACGAUCCCAACGGCUGUUUUGUUGACGCUAAUGGCACCUGGCACCUUUACUACCAAUAUAAUCCGACUGACUUGGUGGCGGGAAACCAGCACUGGGGCCACGCUACGAGCAAGGACCUCUAUCAUUGGGAGAACCAACCCAUCGCCAUCUAUCCGCCGGACAACACCAGCCAGGUCUUCAGUGGCUCCGCCGUCAUCGACGUGAACAACAACUCCGGCUUCUUCCCCAACCAAACCGACGGCGUCGUAGCCAUUUACACUCUCAACACGCCCGAUGGUCAAGUCCAGGAGAUCUCGUACUCACGCGACGGCGGCUACACCUUCACGACCUACGAGGGCAACCCCGUCAUCAACAUCAACUCGACGCAGUUUCGCGACCCCAAAGUCAUUCGCUACGAGGACUCGUGGGUCGCGGUCAUCGCGUACUCGCAGGAGUUCGUCGUCGGCAUCUUUACCUCGCCGGACCUCAUCCACUGGACGCACGCGUCGAACUUCUCGCACCAUGGGCUGCUCGGUCUGCAGUACGAGUGCCCGAACCUUGUCAAGAUCCCCGUCGACGGCUCGGACGAGGAGAUGUACCUCCUGACAAUAAGCCUCAACCCGGGCGCGCCGCUCGGCGGGAGCGUGACGGAGUACUUCCCGGGCACAUUCAACGGCACGCACUUCACGCCCGUUGACGGCGCGGCGCGGCUGGCGGACUUCGGGAAGGACAACUACGCCGGGCAGUUCUUCUAUGGCGUUCCCGAGGACGAGCACCCGGUCUCGAUCGCGUGGGCGAGCAACUGGCAGUACACGGGCAACGUACCGACGGGGAAGGAGGGCUGGCGCAGCGCCAUGACGGUCCCGAGGCGGCACUACCUGACGCAGGCGCCGCGCAUCGGCUGGGACUUGGUCCAGGUCCCCGCUGACCUCUCGCCCGUCCUCGGCGCUCAGCUCGGCUCGAACGACGCGCUGGCGAAUGCGAGCCUGACGGUCGACUUCGCCGACGUGAAGAGCAACGCGGUGGUGCUCGAGGUCAACGUGACGGGCUCGGCGUUCGACAACAGCUGGGUGAAGUUCGCCUUCCGCUCGGCCUCAUCCGGCGAAGCGCUGCUCGGCGGUUGCCUCUUCGGCGGCGUCGACAUCACCUGCUACGUCGACCGCGGGAAGACGCUCGGAUUUGAGGACCCCUUCUUCACCGACAAAAUUUCGCUGGGGCAGAUCAUCAAGCCUUCCGGGGAGUGGACCGCGACCGUCAUCUUCGACAGGAGUAUCAUUGAGGUCCUGCUCGAUGGUGGCCUUUACAGCGGGACGCAGACGUUCUUCCCGACCGAGCCUCUGACGAUCCUCGAGGUCAACUCGAGCAGCAUGCCGGAGACUGCACAGGUGGCCGCUCGUGUCACGGCGUUGAAGAGUGGUUGGGACGACGAAGCGGCAGAGGGGAAAACGCAGGAGAAUGUAGCAGUGAACGAUGAAUUGUAGCAGUAAUUAACCAAGAUUAUCACCAAAUGAAGCUAUGGCUUUCAUA